AUGUUCUUCCUCCACAACCUCGAGCGGACGGUGACGCUCCACCCCUCGUACUUUGGCAGGAAUAUGCACGAUCUGGUCACGACAAAGCUGGUCAAGGAUGUGGAGGGCACCUGCGCAGGCGACUACUAUGUCAUUGCUGUUAUGGACACAUUCGACGUCUCGGAGGGCCGUAUUCUCCCCGGGAACGGCAUGGCCGAGUUUACCGUGCACUAUCGCGCCGUGGUCUGGCGCCCGUUCAAGGGCGAAGUGAUCGAUGCGAUCGCUCAAACGGUGAACCCACACGGGUUCUUUGCCCAGGCCGGGCCACUCCGGUUAUUCGUCUCCGCUCAUUUGAUGCCCGACGAAAUCAAAUACGACGCCAGCGCGACACCAGCACAGUUCACUAAUAACGCUGAUAUGGUCAUCGAGCAAGGGACGCAUGUGCGUAUAAGGAUCAUCGGUAUGAGGGCGGAGGUCGGCGACAUGUGGGCCAUUGGCAGCAUCAAUGGCGAUUUCCUCGGCUGCCUCCAAGCAUGA